AUGCAGCGCCUUGUCGGGGACAUAGCGAGCAUGCGGGCGAAGAUGAGGGGCAUGGCGGUAGGGGAGAAGAGGAUGUGUAUGAUGGUUGGAGGAGCGAAGUUCAUGGGAUCUGAGGCUUGCAGAGGAGUUCGGCCUCUAGCCUCGGAUCAAAGACUCUAUGGAAGGAAUGGUGCCAGCACUCAUUGUGAUGGGCAGCCUAACUCUUGUCUUCACUCUCACCUGAGCGAAAUUUUGGUGCGCGGCAUGUCCGGCAGAGCAAGCACUCUGCAAAUGAAAUAUAUGAGCUUGAAAGGUUUGGAGAAAGAUGCAAAAGAGUACACGUUUGAUUCAAAAAGGCAACUCGUCUUCCUUCAGCAACUUAACCAAGAGAGUAUGCCCGAGCGAGUCAUCAGCUGGAUUGAAGGAAUGAAGUCGAGCGUGAUCACAGAAGAGAUCCUGCAGGAGUACGUGAAGGCCUUGAAGCUGAAGCGAGCUGAGAUGGAGAAGAAGAAGAUGUACCAGAGUUCAAGAAGCGACGCUGACGGCAGCACGAGGACAAACGACGACGAAGAUAGACGAUUUCACUCACGGUCGUAUGACAACCAGGACCCUACGAUGCAUCCCUCGAUGAUGGAUGGAUCAGCCCGCAGAGGAAUGGGCUCCCAGUCUGGAAGGCAAACUGUGCAUGUGGCCAUGGCAGAGCCUUCGGCCAAGGAUCAAGUGUGGCGAACCAUCCGAAUCCUUGCAGGAGCCUACUUGUUUCUCCUGGGCCUGACCACCAUCAUGGAGGAGAGGGGACUCGCCCGCGGGAUGAUGUCGAACUAUGAGGCAGUGAAGCCUGCAGAAAGUACCAAAACCUUCAAGGACGUUGUGGGAGUGGACGAGGCGAAGGCAGAGCUGCAGGAGAUCGUCGAGUUCCUGAGGAAGCCGGAGAAGUUCACACGGCUGGGAGGGAAGAUGACGAAGGGCGUCCUCCUCAUGGGGCCUCCUGGGACGGGAAAGACUCUGCUUGCGAAGGCAAUCGCAGGGGAGGCUGGUGUUCCCUUCUUCUACGCUUCGGGGUCGGAGUUCGAGGAGAUGUACGUGGGAGUAGGAGCGAGAAGAGUGCGGGACCUGUUCGAGGCGGCCAAGAGGAAGGCCCCCUGCAUCAUCUUCCUGGACGAGAUCGACGCCAUCGGAGCCACCCGAAACCCCAAGGACCAGCAGUACAUGCGCAUGACGCUGAACCAGCUGCUGGCUGAGAUGGACGGUUUCUCCUCUUCCCAGGGGGUCGUCGUGAUCGCAGCUACCAACUUCCCCGAGGUGCUGGACAAGGCUCUGACCCGUCCAGGACGACUCGAUCGGCACAUUGUGGUGCCCAACCCUGACGUGAAGGGCAGGAAGCAGAUCCUGUCGCUGCACCUCGACAAAGUUCCCAAGCACGCAGACGUUGACGUGUCGAUCCUUGCUCGAGGGACUCCAGGGUUCUCAGGCGCGGACCUCGCGAACCUGGUCAACAUCGCAGCGAUCAAGGCGAGCAACGACAACAAGAAGGCAGUGGACAUGCGCGACCUCGAGUUCGCCAAAGAUAGGAUCAUGAUGGGGGUGGAGAGGAAGAGCGCGGUGAUCACGGAAGAAAGUAGGAAGUUGACAGCCUAUCACGAGUCCGGCCACGCCAUCGUCGCCUCCUUCACGGACGGGGCACUUCCUGUCCACAAGGCGACGGUCGUUCCUCGUGGCUCUGCGCUGGGCAUGGUGAUGCAGCUGCCCGACGGGGACGAGACGAGCUGGAGCAGGAGGCAGAUGCUGGCAAAGAUGGACGUGUGCAUGGGCGGACGAGUGGCAGAGGAGCUGAUCUACGGGACUGACAAUGUGACGAGCGGAGCCUCCUCCGACUUCGAGCAAGCGACGUCCAUCGCAACGAACAUGGUUGAGCGGUGGGGGAUGAGCGACAAAGUUGGCACCGUAUGCUACAAGAACCUGACGGGAGGGGACGGCGAGCCGAUCAUGGGGCAGGAGGUGCGGGCAGCGAUCGACGGGGAGAUCAAACGGCUGACGUCUCAGGCGUACAGCAACGCCAAGAAGAUCCUGACCCAGCACGAGGACAAGCUUCAUCUGCUGGCGCAGGAGCUGAUUGAGAAGGAGACGCUCACUGGCAACGAGGUGCGAGCCAUCCUUGGGCUGCCGCCCAUGAAGCAGGAGCUCGAGCAGCCGGAGGCGAAGCAGGAUCAGCAGGGCAAGCUGGAGGCGGGCAAGGACGGCAGUAGCGGGAAGAAGAACACGUGGUUUGGAAGAUAA